AUGGGCUCCAACGGGGUGCAGCCGACUCAAUUCGAGCAAGUUGCUGAGAAUGAAUCCAAGUUGCCAUCUUCAGUCGUCGGUAUUGAUGUAACCAAGUUAGAUGACGAUGCGCUCUACUGGUGGCGCACCAGUGGAUUGGACCUGGCUCGGAUGAUGGAGGAGGCCCAGUUUCCCGACAGAACAAAGAAUCAGUUUCUCACGUUCUAUAGUUCUGUUAUUUGUCCAUUGCUUCAAGGAAAGCCGUUGGCUGGAUCAAUGCCAACUGCCGUUGGUUGGGAUGGAAAUCCCUUCGAGUAUAGUUGGGAGUUCAAAGGCUCCACUAAGAAGUCGAGUGUCCGAUUUGUCUUAGAUCUGACACAGGUUCGCCCUCCAAAUAAAAACUGCCCUAUGAGUGUGGAUGCGGUGGAAGAAGUUCUCAAUGUUUUGAAGCACAAGAGUCCACUUUAUGAUGAUCAUUGGCAUCGUGCGCUUGAGCGGUGGGCAGUGUACUCAAAUGCAUCUGCUGAGAAGCAAGACCUUUUGAUAUCCAAAGCGGGACAUCGGACGCCCACUAUUCUCGGCUUCGACAUCAACCCCAAAAUUACAGAAAAAGCCCCAGAUAUGCUACCUGUCAUGAUCAAGAGCUACUUCCCUCCGUGUUUUGUAGCUGCAGACCGAGGCUUCACGCGCUUUCAAGCCCUCGCAUUGGGCGUGCGCCAGUUACCUGACAUCGGCUCACACCCGAAUAUCCUGCUCGGACUGAAGAUGAUCGAAGAUUUCAUGGCCGACAAUCCCCAGUAUGAAUCUCAGGGCCGAGGGCUAUCUACAGAUUUCGUUCCUGCAGGCCAUGCCCGUCUAAAGGUGUAUCUGCGGUACUUGGGUGACGACUUUGAUGAGAUAUGGGACUUUUACACGCUUGGCGGACGAAUUCCUAUCCCAGACCUCGAGGCGGAUAAAAAGAAAAUUUGGGACAUUAUACAGCUAUCUCGCGGGAUUUGCUACCCUAUCCACAAGAUCCACGAGGAGACAGCGGCCGAUAAGAACCGCCGUGCGAUUCUGGCCACGAAACCAUCAUCAUUAUACUUCUCGCUGACGCCCGACAAGCCCUACCCCAUCCCCAAAUUCUACUUCUACCCGGGUUUCCAAGCGCCCAAUGAUGAAGCUGUUGCGCAAGGACUUGAUCUGUGGCUGCAGAAAUAUGGAUGGGCAGAUGGUGGGACCACUAUUGAGGACAGGACCAAGAACACCUUCACAUACCGCAACCUCGAUGAGAAGCCGGGCAUAUUUACGUUUAUUGGCAUUGGCAGGAAGGAAGGUCUUGACGACCGUGCACUGAGUUUGCAAGUAUACGUAACACCGGAGUUGUACGAAAACCCGCGUUUUGAGAGAAAAGUGUCACAACUAUCUACUUAG